AUGGGUUAUAUUGGAAUGCCACUUCAAGGAGGUUCAAAUACCUCACCAAUGCAGCCAGUCUCUCUCUCAAACGCUGUGACUUAUGCGAAUAGACCAGUCAGUUACUUGCAAUCAUCUAAUGAUCAGCAGUUGAAUCACAUUCAGCCACACCAAUCCACAAUCCCUGGUCAUAAUAUGCAAGCAGGAAAUGUACCACCUCGUUUUGUUCAGCAAGGGUAUGGUCAGAUGUUAACUCAACCCUACACUGUAAUGAGUGGUCCUUAUACUGGAAUGAGUCAUCAACAACCACCUCUCAUUUCAAAUGUAUCAAACCAACCUCCCAUUCAUGUCUAUUCUCAGGUUGAAACAAGACCUAAUGCUCCGUUUGUAAAAGUUAGAAUUAUCAACAUUCCAAAGUCGGAAGAUCUUUCAAAUGUCCUAGCAUUGUUGAAACAAGCUGUUCCUUGUUUGCAUGGUAAUAUUGACAAAGAAGAGAAAGUCCAGCCGAAACAAAGUUCAAACUAUCCUAACACUUAUUUUAUUAUCUUGUUGAUCAAGGAUGCAGCUGUUGCGGAGGCCUUGGUAAGACAAACCAACAAAAUUCGUAUUGGGAAUUUCAAUUUGCGCAUAGAUGUUGACAAAGGGACGACUUCAAAUGCUCACACCACCACGACACAAAAAAUUGUACAACCAUCUCUUGUCCAUCCAUUCACCAUUCCACAAGACGCCACAACUAUCCAGUUGGAUCUUGUAAAGAGCACUCUUUUGCAAUUAGUACCAACAUAUGAGCUAGAUAAUGUAUUUGGAUCUAAUCUUUGGCGCUUCAAUGGUACAGAUCAUACUUUGGCUGUUUUCAAUACCACAUUGAGCAAGCAGGACAUUGAAAACAGAGUGGAAAGCCUUUUGAGCCUUCAUACUUUCCGUGAAACUUAUUUCUUGGAGCCUUGGAAUCCGGUUAUUCAAAGUACACUCAUAGCUAACCAUUUCCAAUGUUAUUAUGAUUCUAGUAACAAAAUAUUAACUGUUUUAGGCCUUAUCUCUCAGAAAGGAAAGCUUAGCAACCUCCAAAAAGAAUUCCUCUCAACUAUUGGUUUGCUUCCUUAUGGAAGUGACAAGCUGUCAAAGUUGAGAAGCAACAAUCAGCUUCAAUUCGAACCUAAAGGAGAAGGUGUUGAAGUGAAAGCACUCUGUGCCAGCAAAGAAGACUUUCUAAAGUUCUCAAAGCUGCUCAAAGAUGGCAAUCUCAUUAACAAUGUUAACCAAAAGAAUAAGGAAAAGAAAAAAGACAAACCGAAGACACUAAAGCCAAUUUCUAAUGCCCAAAUGAAAUUCUUGCAGCAACAUUUUUCAUUGAAAGCCAAAUGCAAAAAAGUAGACCGUAGUAGUGUAUCAAUUGUAUUGGAUGGGGCUUUGUUGAAGAAGCAGGUUGAGAUUAAGAACUUAAUUGAUCAAUUGACAGACAUAGAUAUCACAUACAAAGUCGACAAAGAUUUAUUUGAGGAAACGAAGGGCGAAAUUUCAAAGUAUUUGCAAUCACUUGAUUCCAUUCAAACAGCAUUUGUAUUCUGGAAAGACAAUCAAACCAAUGAAGCGACCUGUCGUGUUGCGUUGUUGAAAAACUCACAGAACACUAACGAUAUCACACAGAACACUGAUGAUGAUAUCAAAGUUAGGAAUUACCACAAUGAGAUUAAGUUAGAAAUUGAAAAGAUUAUGAAAGGUUACAAAAAAACAAUCUCAGUACAAGCAACACAAACAAAGAACUUGAACUUGAAAGAUUUUACCAAAGAUAUCAAAGGAGUAGUGGCAUUUAUCAAAAAUAAUUCUGUCAUGAUCAAAGGUAUCCAUCAAGACGACGUUGACGUGGUUUACGAAAAUAUUAAUGCUGCUCUUGCAAAUUCUCAAACUCGUUCUCGACAAAUCUAUUUCGACAAUAUGAUUGAGAAGAAGGUAGCAGAAAAUGCACUUGAAAGCGCAGCCAAACAAAAGGGUUUGAAGAUGAUCAAGUCUCAAGGCCUUUCUGUUAGGUUGAAUGGAAAAGUUCAAGAUUUAGAUGAAUUUGUCAAGAAACACGUCAGCACUAUUCUUUUGGAUGCUCGUAGAAAAAUUGUGUACGACUUUCUUCCAAUAUCUCAUCAUGAAUACAAAUAUUGGACUAAAACAUUUAAGGAGCUAGCAGCUGAAGCACAAAAGUAUAAUACUGAAAUUGUGUAUGUCGAAAAUUUCACAUAUCAAAUUGAGAAGAUCAAAAAUUGUCUCAUUUACAUUUCAAAUGUUGACAUUUUAGAUAAGAGACUCAAUGUCGACAUUUUAGUGAACAGUGCAAAUGAUCAGCUGCAACACGAUGCAGGAGUAGCAAAAGCAAUUAAAGACGCAGCUGGAAAAGGAUUUGAUGAAGAGUGUAAAAGAAAGUUACAGCAAAAUGGAGGAUCUUUCAAAACGGGAGACGUGAUCGAGACUCGUGCUCAUAACAUUUCUCAUGUGAUUGGAAUCUAUAACGCAAUUCCUCCCGGGUGUUCAAGAAGUCUACAAGAUGAAUGUGACUUAAAAAUGACUGUUCUCAACAUUUUGAAGAUUGCAGAGAACAAGAAUAUUGCGUCUAUUGCCAUACCUCCACUUGCGAUGGGCAUAUUUGGUUAUCCAAUCCCACAAGCGACAAAAAUUAUUGCUGAAGCCAUUUGCGAACACCUUAUCAAUACACCUAAUAGCUCGAUCAGAGAGAUUCAUCUUGCAAAUAAGGAAGAAAAAUCAGAAAUAUCCGAAGCGUAUUCAAAUGUCUUUUCUCAACUCAAUGGCAAUUCAACAACCGUUUAUCAAAACUUUUCACAAGACGAUUACGAAGUUGAAGAAAACAUUUCUUACGAAUACUCCGGAGUUUUUAGAUAUUUUGAUGACAUCUCAAAGUCAUACUUGGAUUACUCCCCAAAUGAAAACAGAAAACUAUGUGAGAAGUUUUUGGAAGAUCCAAAAGAAAGUUUUGUUUUUGAAGCUGAACAGAAGAAAAAAGUAUUUGAUCGAUUUUGCAAACAUGAAACAGACAAAUCUUGA